AUGAGGCUGAUGUACACCCAAUACAAGCUAUUGGAUCUGGUGGAGGGGAAGGAGAAGAUGCCGGAGGCCGCGGAGCUGAAAGGAUCGUGGAUGAAGCGAUCGUUCGACGUGUACAUGCUCAUGGUGCAAGCGGUUGGCGAGCGACAACUUGACCACAUCAAGGACCUCUUGGGUGAUCCAGAGUGUGGCCCCAAUGCUUGGAGAAAGCUUUUGGAUGUGCCACCGACACAUGCUACCGGCAUCGUGAUACUGGCGCGGCGGCUGCGCGACAUCAAGUUCGUUGAUGGAGAUCAUGAUACGGCUGCCGGAGUCGUGAAUAUGGAGCGCUCGGAGGAGGGGGCUGGCUAUGGAGUUGGAGGUGGAAAGAGUGGCUUCAAGAAGAAGUGGAAGGGCAAAAAUAAGGACAACCCUAAGGAGGAUGGCGGCGGGGGUCAAGGGGAGGUGUGCUUCUACUAG